AUGCAGGAAAAAGAUAAAACAUUGUGUUCGACUAUAUCAAUUAAUGAGAAGGAAUUCAAAAGUAACACUAAAAAAUCUCACAUUAGAGUUAAAAUACUUAAUGAGGUGUUGCAAAGUCCUUGGAAGCCAAUAUUAACUCACACUUUUAAGCCCCUACCAAGAAAAGAUGAGAUGGCUAGGCGACCGUCACAGGCUGUUACCAUGGUGCUCAGAAAUAAAGACGAAUGUAGUACACAUGCACGAAGACAUUUGUAUACUUGUGAGGAAUGUCACAAGUCAUUUUCUCAAUUACGUAACUUUAAAUAUCACGUGUCUAUUCAUCGUGGUACUAAGGAGUUUGCUGCAACAUGCCCUGUCUGCGGGAAACAUUUCAAUGACAGAGGAUAUUUGAGUAGUCACAUGAAAAUACACAGGAAUCGUAAAGAAUAUAAAUGCUCCAUAUGUCCCAAAUCAUUCAAUCAACGAGUUGCAUUUAACAUGCAUGUACGUAUUCACACUGGUGUUAAGCCGCACGUGUGUGAUGAUUGUGGAAAAGCUUUUUCUCGUAAAAUGUUGUUAAAUCAACAUAAACGCACACACAGCGGGGAACGCCCCCACGUCUGCACGUAUUGUGACAAGAGGUUCGCGGACCGAUCCAACAUGACUUUACAUUUGAAACUUCACACAGGAAUAAAGCCAUUCAAUUGUUAUUUAUGCUCCAAGGCGUUUACAAAGAAACAUCACCUUAAGUCACAUCUCAACUUUCACAAUGGAGACAAGCCGUAUUCAUGUCCGCGAUGCAAACUUUCUUUUACACAGUCCUCUAAUAUGAGGACUCACUAUAAAAAGUGUAAUGUAGAGCCAGGGAACAAAGACGUUUAA